UUGUCAAAAUAUUCUUAUAUUCGAUUAAUCGCUCGUGUUUUCGUAACAUUCAACUUAAGCAAGUUUCAAUAUAACUUUAUUGUAAUUUAAUUAUUAGAACUAAAACUAAAAAGGAUGUCAUUAUCUCCAUCAAGCGGCAUUGGGCGCUACUAUAAACAUUCUGCCAAAAUUAUCCGCUUUGUCCGAUUGGGUUGUACAAAUCGUCCUUUCUACCAUGUUGUCGUUAUGGAGAGGCGUAAAAAUCAACACCAGCCAGUAAUAGAACAAGUUGGUACUUAUGAUCCAAUGCCAAAUCAGAAGAAUGAACGUUUAGUUUCAUUUAAUUUUGAACGUAUUCGCUAUUGGUUGGGUCGAGGGGCUCACCUGUCCACACCAACAGCAGAACUAUUGGGUAUUGCAGGUUUUUUGCCCAUUCAUCCACGCACUUAUAUGACCGCCUGGCGAAACAGGCAGAAAGUUGCCGAAGAUGGAACAAUUGAAGAAAAGGAUCCAGUUGAAGCGUAGAAAUAAUUAUUAAUUGAAUACAAGUCUAGUGAAAUAUUUAAAAA